AACAUGGUGGUCACCAGGUCGGGGCUGUCGGGGACCAGGCCCCAGGUCGCAUCAGGAAGCUCCCAGCAGAAGAGAUCUGCUCCUCAAGGAAAUGGGACAUGUCUAAAAAGCAAGAAAGAAUCUGAAUCCAAUGACAGAAGUACUGCUGUGUCACAGACUGCCAAGAAACAAAGUUCAGUCCUCUCUAGAAAGAGGACAAGUAGAAAUACAGUUCCACCAGCAGAGCUAACUGAACCAGCUACUGAUGCAGAGGCCUCUGAAGCAGAGUCUCAUGCUUCAGGGGUUUCUUCUGUGCUUGAGGUCCAGGAGCCCAUUAUAAGAAUAACUAGGAAGAGGCAGGUCGUAAUUGUACCCACCCCAAAGUCCAGUGUUAGGAAAAGGCAGAAAAUAACCCCUCAACAUGAAUCUCUCGAUCAAGAAGUUGUUUCUGAGGCAGAGUCUCAUGCUUCGGGGGUUUCAAUGGUUGUACCUUCCACAGAAAGACGAAGCAAAAGAAGUAAGCCUAAGGCUCAAAGAGAUUUAAGCCAAGAAUCACAGGCAGAAGCUAUGUCUGAUGGUGAGUCCUCAUGCUCCAGCAUUUCAUCAUUUGACAUUUCACCUAGGAGAACAGCCAGGAAUUUGCAGAAGAAAUUACAGGUCCAAAGUGAGAAGAAAAAUACUAAGAUUGUACCAGGAAAUAAAAAGAAAAUCGUGGGUACAUCUGUGAAUUCAGAGGACUCAGAUACUAGACAGACCUCUCAGUCACCAGCGAGACCACAUUCUCAGAUAAGUAGGCCAAAUUUCUCUAAUAAUGAAACUUACAAUAAUGACUUUGAUGAUUCCGUCCACAGAAAUUCAGAAAAACAAACAACACAAAACCACCAACGUUUACAUGUACAAGAAGAAAAAGAAGCCAGUGUCGCAUCUCUUACAGAAAUCAGGGAGGAGAACUGUAAGAGCCUGGAUGAAGAGGACACCAAAAUAAUAGAGGAAACAGAAAUUAAUAAGAAAGUUUCCCAGUUGAAUCUUUCUGAAGUUCCAGACACCAGCCUUCAGCAGUCAGUUUCUCAGAAUCAUUCAGACACCCUAAAUAGUGAAGCUGUAUCACAGCCUUCAAGUCUACAUUGUGAGGCUAUCAUAAAAUCACUAGAGCACAAGAUUGCAGUUGUGAAAAUACAAAGGUUGAAUGAAGAAAGAGUGGACAGCCUCAAAAAGAGUGACACAAUUCAGUGUCACAAAAAUGACACAAAAGACUGGACACAAUUCAGUGAUGGUGGCUGCAGUAAUGAGGAGCCCACAAGUGUAGAUGUCAGUGAAAACAACAGCCAAAGUGAUUUGGGUCUUGAAUGCAAUACCAAAGUAUGCAAGUCUGAGCUCAGUGUGUCUCAGGAUGUGGAUAGCUCUGUCUUAUUAUUUCUUAGCAGUGAUGAGAGCCAGCAGUCUGAAAACAGUGAGAAUGAAAAGGAUACUGUGAGCUCUGAGAACAGUGGCCAGAAGGAGUCUUCAAGGGGAGACUGGGAAGACACAGCAUGCGGUGGCCCGCUGUUCGUGAUCGACAGAACUCCUGGGCUGAGUGCCGAUAAAAAUUUUUACCUGGAAGACAAGACCCCCAGUGAAGUUGCUAUUGAGGAAGAAGAGGAGGAGGAGGAGGAUGAAAACAGUGAAGAAGAAUCAUCGGACGGUGAUGAAAAUAAAGAGUCGAGUGAUGAGGAAGACUUGUUGAGUAACACAAAGUCCAAGCUUCUGAAGUUGACAAGUAGCAGCAUAGAUCCUGGACUAAAUAUCAAGCAGUUGGGUGGUUUGUAUAUUAAUUUCAAUGUAGACAAGCCACAGCCUCACAAGAAAACCCUAACACAGAUUAAGGAGAAAAAGAAAAAUGAGCUUCUGCAGAAAGCUGUCAUUACACCUGAUUUUGAAAAAAACUAUUGUAUCCCAGCAUAUAGCGAAUCGAAGCAUCAAAUUCAGAAACAGCGCAGAAAAGAGCGACAAAAAACAGCUGGUAAUGGUUGGUUUGGCAUGAAAGCUCCAGAACUGACGGAUGAACUGAGAAAUGAUCUCAAAGCAUUGAAGAUGAGAGCAAGCAUGGACCCAAAAAGGUUUUACAAGAAAAAUGACAGAGAUGGUUUCCCUAAGUACUUCCAGGUUGGAACCAUCGUAGAUAAUCCAGCUGACUUCUACCAUUCAAGAAUUCCCAAGAAACAGAGGAAAAAGACUAUUGUGGAAGAACUGCUGGCUGAUUCUGAGUUCAGGAGAUUUAACCGAAGGAAGUAUUCAGAAAUCAUGGCUGAAAAAGCAGCAAAUGCAGCAGGAAAGAAGUUCCGGAAAAAGAAGAAAUUUCGCAAUUAAAAUCUUCAAAGCAAACAGCAUUUUAUAGAUUCCCCUCUAUUUGCUGAAGGUCAUCACAUAAUUUAUAUAAAUAAUAUAUAAAUAAAGUGAUUUUGUUUGGAAAUAAAGCUGACUGACAAAAUCA